UAUAAAUAUAAUUAUAAACUGUAUGCUGCAUGCCAAUAAUGGAAGUAGAAAAAUAAAAUUUCUAGCAAGACAUCCGUGCUUUACUCGUGCUUUAUAACAAAAAUAACUCGGGGAAGGUGAAAGUUGCCGAGGAAUCAUGGGAAAGCGUUAUUUAUGUGAUUAUUGUCACAAAAGUCUGGUGGCGGCGCCCUCCGUGGUGCGGACGCACCAGCGCGGGCUGCUGCACCAGCAGCUCGUGCAGGAGCACUACCAGCAGUACAAAGAUCCUGAUGUUAUAUUAGCUGAAGAAGCUUUGAAGAAACCAUGUCUCCGGUUUGCUAAUGGAAGCUGUAGUUUCGGAGGGCUGUGUCGAUACUCACACUACUCAAAUGAAGAGUUGGAUAACUUAAAAAGAGCAGUAGCCGUGACAAAGGCGAAUAGCGGAAGCGUCCCCCAGCCACCGCCCGAGGGUCUGUACCAGGAGCUGCAGCGGCUGCGGCCACCCGGGCUCGCCGUCAGCUACAAUGCUGAUGGUGAAACCAGUCUGUUCCCCUGGAAAUACAAUGUGGCAUUCGACAAAUACGCUCUACCCCCCAGCCUGAAAAGGAUGGAUGAUGACGACUUUUCUUUUCCGUGUAACCCUGAGUGGGGCUUAGGAUGAAAAACACUACGCCUACAGUCAACUUUGUUAUUAUAAAAGGGUGUGUACUAGAGUAAUAUUAGUUCAAUGGUAUACUUACAUACAUUCCUUUUGCUGAACGAACCUAGUCAUGGGCAUCAUUAUGUAUAAGUACCUACACUUUUGUACCUUGUCCCAAUAAAAUCUGAAAGGACAUUGGGCAUUUUGUAUGGCAAUUUAGGGAAAAGAUAGAUAAUAUUUUAUGGUGACUUUUUCGUAGUAGGUAAAUUAGUAAAAUAAUUACAGAAUAUUAAAUCUGGUUGGCAACACUAUAAUUUAAAAGUAUUUU